CUGGCUCUGGAAGGUGAAGUCGGUCUAUGGAGUUUGAAAGGGAAGUUUUCUGUCUGUCUGUAAUGUGUUUGGCCCAGUGAGGGAGGGUCCCUGGGGGUCUGAGACUCAUCUUCCUCUCCGAGUCCAACACUCCCCUCAGAGGUCGCCCAACUCAAAAGGGAGCCCAGGAGCAGGCACUCGCUCUCCCAGAGGGUGUCUGCGGUUGGGGGUGAGGGAGUAUGAGGAAUGGUGUGGAAUUCUGGAGGACAGAAAGAACUUUUCAGGGAGGUGCCACCUCUCCUUUAUCCUUUUUCUCUCUGCCAAGUCUUGGCUCUUCCCAAGACUGCUAGCUGUUCCUUACCUGCCCUCCCCAAUACUUCCCAGCCCCCAUCUUUUGGAAUCUCUUUACAUCCAGGCCUCAAAACGAUUCUGGAUCCUGACAGUUUUGAGUUUGAAGAGGCAAGAUGGGAUUCCUUUUGGGGGACAUUCCUGUGUAUACACAUGUGGCCACUAGGGGGACCGACUCAACCUGGUUGGCCCAGGACCCUCCCAGUUUUAGCAGUGGAAGUCUCUUAUUCCAGUCCCCUCAGUCUCUGGCAAACCUAGAUGUUGGUUAUCUGAGUUCUGGGCAAUCUGACCAUUACCCCAGGUCCUGCUUUAGUGGCUGUUCACACCACCUAGGCAGAGGCCAAGAGAGCAAAGGAAACCCAGUCCUCAGGGUCAGGGUCACACCAGGGCCACCAAAACAGGCUGAGGGUGGAGCUUUGGACUUCAGGGCAGGUAUGCUCAGUGUCUAGCCCCGGUUGGAGGAAGAAAGACCACCGACAGAGAUGUACAGGGGAAGCAGCUCAGGAGAGGAAGAAAGACAGUUCAGUUUGUGUCAGAAGGAAGGGGCCUCUGAUUGACCCCAGAGCUCUGAGUCAGAGGCCUUGACACUGAUACAUCAGCUGCAGAGGCUUCUCCCUGUCUUCAUGCACUGGGGGAGCGGAUUGCCAACUUCCUCUGUUACAUAUUCCCUGUCUCACACACUGUCUGUGGUCAGAAAGCCCUUUCUCAACCCGGCCUGCUUGCUGUGUGGUUUCAACCCUUUCUUUUCCUCAUAUCCUCUACCUGACAGCUACUGGGUGAACUCCGCUUUGACUUUUCUCAAAGCAGAGAGAGUGGGAGGCACCAUUACACUCUGCAAAUUUCCGGAGAGUGGGAGAGUUGGAAGGGAAGCAGGAAGCAAGGAGGUCAGACUGAAGGAAAGACUUUCCAGCUCUUAGCUCCUGCAGGAGAGUUCAAGAAAAGGAGGAAAGGGGAGAGAGAUCCUUUUGGGGGGCUGUUUCCUUUUCCACAGCCCUGUUUUCCCCUUUUGGCAGGGCAGGCAUGAAGCAUCACUGCUCCCACCCCCUCAUUCCUGUUCCCCAUGCUCAGCAUCUAUUUCCCGUGUGUGUUGAAGGUGGAACUGGACAGUAGGCUGUGGGAAGGCAGGAAAAAGGUGGUGCUGACCUCCUGUCCAGUGCCCAGAUCUUAAAUCUGAACUCAUGUGUCAGGGUAGCCACGAGGACAAGCACAAGGCAAAUGGUUGGGGAAGGGGAAGAAAUUGACAUUCCAUGUGAUAGUAAGGAGACCCUUUGGACUUAAAUUGAUUAACCUAGAAUGGAACCAACCCUUUUAAGUGAGGGGAGGGCCUGGGUUGCUGGAAGAUGGACUUCUCCCCUCAACUCCACUCAUUCUUGAACCUGAGCCAAAGAUGACUUGCUGAUCUCUUUAAGUCAUUUCAUAACCCAAACUUCGAACCUAACCACAGAUCUAACCUACAUUUACUAUUAAUCUAAAAAUCUACUUGUUCACACAAAAUAUACUCAACAUUCUGCCCUCACAUUCUGAACCCAUUUCCUCUCUCUGGCUUCCCUCCCUCCUCCUCCCAUAUGACACAGUUUAUUACUGUGUUCAGUUAUCCAGUCUAGACCUGCAUAUGAGGCCACACCCCAGCCUACUCACUCCUACACCCUUUUCUCUCUCACUGCCCCUUCUAGGGCUCUUCUCAUCUGGCCCCUCCCCUGAGGGUCCUCCUCCCUGCUGGCCUUUUUGGAACACAAAGGAUAUCCCUCCUUCUAGUGAAGGGAGGAGGGUAGGCGUUUCAGCCCCACCUUCAAGAAGUAUCUUCCCCCUCCUCUGUGCUGUGGUACUUCCUCUCUGGCUGACUUAGCUGACAGCAUCCAGACUUGGAGCCAAAUUCCUGGCACUGAGACAGAGCCAGGAAUUUGCCCUGACCCUGGGAUUGGUACCAGCUUCCAACCAGUGCCCAGCAAAGCCUGUGAGUAAGGACCCUGGGAGUGGAGGAGGUGCUGGAGGGGCGGGGUGCAGCCACGAGAGAAGGUCCAAUGGAAUUUCUGAAGAGAGCCUGACCUGUGAUCCUUGCGAUGGCCACGAACACUACAUCUCCUGCAGCACCUUCCUCACAAAGCGUCAUGUUCAUCUCUCUGCUGGCUAUCAUCCUACUGUCAGUGGCUCUGGUUGUGGGGCUCCCUGGCAACAGUUUUGUGGUGUGGAGCAUCCUCGUAAAGAUGCGAAAGCGUUCUGUCACUGCCCUGCUGGUGCUGAACUUGGCCCUGGCUGACUUGGCCGUAUUGCUCACUGCCCCCUUUUUCCUCUACUCCCUGGCCCGAGGCACCUGGACUUUUGGAGUGGCUGGCUGCCGCCUAUUCCACUAUAUUUGCGGAGUCAGCAUGUAUGCCAGCGUUCUGCUUAUUGCGGCCAUGAGCCUGGACCGCUCUCUGGCGGUGGCCCUCCCCUUUGUGUCCCAGAAGCUGCGUACCAAGACGUUUGUCUGGCGGUUGCUGGCAGGCAUCUGGGUGGUAUCAUUACUGCUGGCCACACCCGUCAUCGUAUACCGCAAUGUGGUACCGAAGGGCAGGAGCCUGGUCUGCUUUCCAGUAUACUCCAGCGAAAGUCACAAGGUCUUUCAUCUGCUCUUCGAGGCCAUCACGGGCUUCCUGCUGCCCUUCCUGGCUGUGGUGGCCAGCUACUCAGACAUUGGACGCAGGCUGAAGGCCCGGCGCUUCCGCCGCAGCCGGCGCACCGGCCGCCUGGUGGCGCUCAUCAUCCUGGCUUUCGCGGCUUUCUGGCUGCCCUACCACCUAGUGAACCUGGCUCAGGCUGGUCGAGCGCUGGCCGGCCACGCAGAGGUGGGGUCUGUAGGGCAGCGACUGACGCUGGCCCGCCAUGUGCUCAUCGCCCUGGCCUUCCUGAGCAGCAGCGUGAACCCCCUGCUGUAUGCGUGCGCAGGAGGUGGUCUCCUUCGUUCAGCCGGCGUGGGUUUCAUCGCCAAGCUGUUGGAAGCCACCGGCUCGGAGGCAUCUAGCACCCGACGUGGGGUCACCUUGGGCCAGACAGUGAAGGGCGCCCCUACCUCUCCCGAGCCUAACCCAGCUGAGAGCCUCACUGUCUCCACCGAACCUCUCCAGUGAAGUGAACUGAACCAGGCCUGGAGAGAGGCGGUGGAAGAACGCUUGCUUUCCUCCUGGCAGAAUGCCCCCACGCUGGCCUGACCCAAUUCUGCAUAUCGUGUGGAGGUGGAGAGGAAGAAGAGGGAGGGGAGAGACGAGUAAGGGCAGAGUGAGAUCCUGGUUCCCCUGGGCAGCUUUGCAAUUAAAACUGAAGUCUGAAACUGGGUUAA